GGAAGGGAAGGGGGCUCCAAGUAUUCUGCCUUUGAAGGAAGAAGAAAUCCUGGCUGGUCGCCCAGUUUCUGUCAGUGGUCGCAGCAGCAAAAGGAAUGUGCUACAGGCAGGCAGAUGUUUUCAGUUUCGUUUCCGACGAUCCAGAUUGCAGAAGUGAAAGUGAAAGGUGGAGGGAGUCCGAGCGGAGAAAUGGAGGAGGACAGACGCAUCUGCAAGAACUGCAAGAGGGAUGUGGCUGCGGUAAACUUCUCUCUUCACGAAGCUCACUGCAUGCGGUUUCUUGCUCUCUGUCCCAAGUGUGAGGAACUGGUUGCUUCGAAGGACAUGAAAGAGCAUUAUGCCAAGGCCCACCAAAAGGUCAGAUGCAUACUCUGUCACAAAAAGAUGCAACAGUAUCUGCUGGAGUACCAUGAGGCUGAAGAAUGCCAAGAGCGCUUAAUUAAAUGCCACUUCUGCGAGCUGGAGCUGCCAUUUCAUAUGCUGCAACCUCACCUGGAUGCUUGUGGCAGCCGCACUACCAUGUGUUGGGAUUGUGGCAAAUACGUCAUGCACAAAGCCCAAGAGGAGCACAAGCUCAUCUGUCAAACAGACAACAUGCUGAGGAGCCCUGGUUCCAAAACAAAUUUAUGCCAGCAGUGUAACAACUGGUUUCCAGCAGAUCAAUAUCUACUCCACCUGAAUGAAUGCAGUUCACUUCCUCAGCUCCUGGGGGCUCUCGCCACCCAUUCUGCCGCAAGAUCAAGGUCUCCUCCAUCUCCAUGGAGCCCUCCAUCUCCAUCUCCUUCUUCCCCUACUUGGAAAAUGAAGGCCGAGAAGGAUGUGCGCCCCAAGAGGAGGGACAGAGAACUGCCUUCUCUCCAGAAAGCAUCUCUAAGGUCUCCAAGAAGCAAAAAGGCAUCUAGCUGCCAGGACUUUGCCUCCAUCCUGACCUCCACUGGGCCGCAGGCCCUCAAUGAUGCGUAUGACCAGCUGGCGACAUGUUCCCAGUGCAACAUCUUCCUUCCGAGCCCAGUCCUACAGAAGCAUGAGAAAAAGUGCCAAAGGGCAGCUGCCCUACAAGCAAUUCGACAGAGCUCACGAUUUUUGGAAAAAGAAGGAGAAUCCAUGCAAAGCUCACCAGAAGGAAGUAGCUGGCAAUGACAUGUCUCAGUGGCUGAACUGGCCCUUUUCAUUCCAGCAGGAUUGGGUCCAGGAAAGUGCCUUGCAACGCCCUGAUCUGCGCUUUUUAAGAAUAAAAGAGCUACACAGUUGACAACCCAGACUGAGCAUAAGCAUCAUUUGCGAAUUUACAACAAAGAGUCUUUGGAAUGCAAAAGGGCCAGUGAGAUUUGGGGCAGCUGAAUGGUGCCUGCAAAAGACGCUGGACCAGAAGCAGCGCAAGGAUUCCUGCAUUUCUUUUCUCGGGGAAGAGCCUGUUGGUCUUUGAGGAGAAACUUGGUUAUCCUGGGGAAAAAAAUGUGGGUUUGUUGGAAUUCAGAACUUAAAAAGUAUAUACAGGUAGUCCUCAACUUAUAACCAUUCUUUUAACGUUCAAAGUUACAAAAGCACUGAAAAAAGUGACUUACCACCAGUCCUCACAUUUACUGUCCCAGCAUCCCGACAGUCACAUGAUC